AUGAUGUCUCCCUUAUCAGUUGUUGUCAUGUACAGUGAGUCAUUGUCUAAAUUUAUAAUUCAGUAAGAUGGAAAACAACAUCCAAUUAUCAUUAAAAAGGAGCAAACGAGUGAAGUCACGGUCGGCGAUAUCAUGAAACAGAUAACGAAUGAAAUGCAUAUACCAGUCCAGAAUCAACGAUUGAUUCAUAGAGGAAAGUCGCUUAUAGACCCCGAUGCUAGCAUCAGCUCACUUCACAUAGCAGACGGGGCGAAAAUCAUGCUUCUUGGCUCGGUUAGCAAGACAAUCAUUUUUCUAUGUACCACUAGGUCGAAGUUGCUGACCCGAAGGAAAUUAUGAAACUCGAUGAGCUUGAGAAGACUUUGAGCCAGCGUAACGAGGAACUGGACAGAGCAAAGCAAACGUUUCAGACCACAGUAGGUUUCUUUGAAUUCUCCCGAUUCUACCGCACCUUGCGUUUGUAGUACUUAAUCGUUUUUAGAAAAUUAAUCUCUAGUCGAAUUCCGUUUCUCGUAAAAGUAGAAUAUGUAUGCAGUGUAGCGAGCACUUCUUAAGCCCAAAUGAUUUUCGACGGCGACUUCAAAAAGUCUGAAUUCCAUAGUUUUUAAAAUGUUUCUCGCUGGCGUUGAUUGUGCAACCCCUCCCGUCAGCCCAUAUUCAUCAUCCAUGUAAGCCUGUGCAUUUCCUCAUGGAACGUAUGUUGCGGUAGAUCAGUUGGUUUACAAUGUUUUACUCGGUUAUCGGAAUGCGCUUAGUAUAAGGUGCUGGGGCACAGUAUAUAGAACGUGAAUAAGGCGUUGGACAUCGACCAAUCAAUGGAAAAAAAACCGGCUUGAGCCCUCUACAGUUAUGGUAACACUUACGAAAAUAAUUUUACGCAAAACAGGUAAAUUACUGGGUUUCAAGAUACUAAAUACUUAAGUCGGAAUUGGUGCGCACGACAGCUUAUGUAAAUACGACACAGUGAGCCGAAUUGUGGCGCCCGCGUAUUUGGAGAUCUAUGAUAAAGUAAAAGGUUUAAAUUACUUUACAGACGUUAUGUCAAGAUGGUAGUUUCUUUAUGAGGUUGUGCACAUUAUUUUUGCGCCCACACUGCCGAUGUAGCGUUUUUCGGUGGCCGGACAUCAGCUUCUGGUCCACUGUUUAUAACCACCCUUUGCCAUUCAAUCGAAGGAAAAUCCCUAGAGGAGUAAAAUAAGAAAGUAUAUUGCCUGCGACCGAGUUGCUUAUUGUAAAUUUAAUGAACUACAGCUAUUUCGCUAAAUCCACAGUGAACGGGGUGUUUAGGUCCUUUUUAUUUAAUCCCCAGACUCCUAUACCCACACAGUGGGCAGGAAUUCAGCGUAUUCCAGUAGAGUGAGUAUUAUGACCCGAAUGAGAGCCGGCUCGAAAAUAAGUACUUCAUUACCCAUCGGCGAACCCGAAGCCCUUUCUCUUGUCUAAGCUCGCCUUAUUGAUUUGUUCGCCUGGGCGCUCUUGAAUAUUCCGGCCUGUCAAAUAUUUGAUCCACCGCACGCGUAAGCAAAAGCAGCACGUGUGCCCUGGACUGGAUUUAAGUGCAGGCAGCAGGCCUUGCCAUACCGCUUACGUGCUCAAAUAAUUAUGCCACCAUUCAGAGUCAAAUAGUAGUCCGUCUGGUGCGUGAUAACCUGGGACUGUAUUAUUAUUGGCCAAUCACAGCUGAUAAGAAUUGUUCCUACGUAAGAUUUACUAAAGUUAUAAUUGAUUUGAAGCUGGCAAGGAAGUCCAAGUAGUUGAAGUCGGAUGGAUUGUACUUCAUUCCUUUACUUAGCAGAUCCUAUCCGGUUGUCGUUAGGACUUGUGAUGAUAAGUUUUUGACGUUCUUUUGUUAUGUAGAAUUAUUACAACUUUUUCCAAAAAUGACCGUCCAUUUUUAUCUAAAAUGCUCGCCUUUUUAGUCGCUCUAGUUCUGAGCUGUGUGAUGGUCUCCUGUAGAGUUUCGAAUAACUGAAUAGGAAGUCGGUCUAUGCAAAACUUCAAACAAACUUAUUUACCUCGACAAGCCAAUGAGUCGGGUUGCGCCCAUUCCUGAGUGACUAAAUACCCUAUCUGCAGCGACAGAGAAUGGCAGGUGGCACUGAUGAACUUCGGUUCGCUGAAGUGCGUAUGACCCAUCUGGUAGACCCCAAUGGUGGAUCAGCUGCGCCAGCUCUGUGUGCACUUGUGUCUCCGGUCCCAGCUGGUGAUCAAGGUUAUGGUUGGCCACAAGAAGGCAAACAAGCCUGAAAUAGUUCUGUAUCAAUCUAUCCCCCAGACUCUGUCUUCUCCCCUCUGCUAUCAUAGCUUGGCCGGAUUUGGCCCGGCUGGUGGUUGUUUGUUCGUGACCCCUGUCAUCGAUAUGAAGCCUGUUUGCUUCGGGAAGCCAGUAGAUCGGUGUGUGCCCAUCCCUGAGUGGAUAUUUUACAUAUAUAAUGUUAGAAGGGCGCUCACCGACCGCGUUACGUCACGCACUUGUUUCUUUGUGCCUUUGGGCUCGAUCUCCAGCUCUGCCAAUAGCCACAUAGUGGCUAGUGGUAUCGACAGAAAAACACUGCCGACAAUGACAAGGGAGCCAGGAGUGACUAUUUCUGGCUUAUUAGUCGUCAUCAGCAAGCUGUAUUCACCCUCGGUUUUUUUGCCCCUCUUUGAAACCCGGUAUGCUUGAGUCAGAGAUAAGGUCAUGUGUGGCACGCGCAUAGGAUCUGUUUAGAUUUGUAAGCUACUGCGCCCAAACCGUCUCCGUUCGUCGUGACUUAUUCUUGUCAUUGGAGUGCGGUGGCAGAAAGAGCUUGAGGCAGAAAGAGCCCACCUCUGUUUCACUAGACAAGUUUUCGCGCAUGUCGUCAUUGAGCGCUGGGCACAUUGGUGGAUCUAGUCGUUUGCAGCGACUGAACUCGUUUUUGCGUGUACGUAUUGAAGGUUUGAAAGUUCACGGUUGGCGGUUUGGCGGGCUGUGGAAAAAUAUAGCAAUGGUAUGAUAGAGGGGCGUUCGCCUAUCGUUUUUCCACGGAACUCACUCGUUCCGUUGUGCCUUAGGACUCUCUAUCAAGUACUACCUGAUUUCAAGCCGUUUUGAGACAACGGUUACAAAGCGAAUGCUCGUAGUCUCGAGACUUUCGAUAGUUAAUGCGUUUUCUAGGAUGGAGGUUUCCGCAUAGGCUAUUUGCUGAUUAAACGUUUUUCCAUGUAACUCAUCGAACGUCAAAGCAUAUCUGCUUUUCUUCACAAUAGCAAACCUCGGACUGCUUAGCAUGUCGUUCGCUCCUGAAGACUCUGGUCGGCAUUUCCGAGCGCUGCAUGACUGGUCUGGAGAGGGCCGACUCGGUCUAUCUGCCGACUGCUGACGAAAAACAACGAAAUCGGCGGAAGGCCCUUGUGAACUCCUUUCAGGUGAGAUAUACAACCAUUGAAAUUUAGGAGAACCAAUUUGACAGGUGUGAAAUUCUUACUUUUCUCAUAAUCCAGUCGUUCUCGAGAAUGGACUAUUUACGCGCACUCCCGCUCCAUGGCUCUUAAAGCAGUUUCGAUUAUAAUUAUAGCGGCCGUCCGUAUUUACUGUGAGGUAGAUAAGCUAGGCCCGUCCAGUGAAGCGUUAGUCUUACGUAACAUGCCAUUGAUUCACACAGAACGGCAAAGGAGAAUCCAUCACAGGAAAUUGCCACAUGCCAUCCUCGACUAGCUCCCCGCUGGAGAGUUUUUAGGGUUUUUCGACAUUUUUGGUCCCUACUUGUUCUUUCUUAAAUCAAUCUCUGUUGGUCUUAUGUCAUCUUCACUUCUCCCUUUCGCAGGUCAUCCUCAAUGAGGUAGAAAAGAUGCAGACAGAGCUUGAAAAGGAGACCAAAACGGCGGCGAUAAUUGAGAUUAACAAAUAG